GCAUUUGCAUUUAUAUCUGCUGAUAAAAUUUGUGUUUUGUUAGUUUUAUGCUUCUAAUGUAAAUUUUGUCAAUGCUUUUGUUUUUAGGGGCCAUUCUCUACAAGCAUCUUGCUCUUUUAUGGUCCUAGCCAUAUCUUGUAUUAUCUAUUGUAUAAUUAUGUACACUGUAUGAUUUAAUAUUUAUGGUUGAAUAAAUUAAAUUGAAUUGAAGUGAAAAAUUGAAUACAAAAAAUGGAAGAAUCUCCCAAUAAUCAAUGUGGGAAAUUCAAUGAUAAAAAUUAAUAAGUAAAGUAUCAAUUUACAGUAGAUUGAAAAGUUGAAAUCUGCAUUUUCAAACAGUGAUUUUGUUGCCAAUUUAGUGUGAUUUUUCUCUCAUCUAGUUUUGAAGGUGAAAAUCAAGUCCAUGCAACUUGAUAACUCUCCUUUUGAGAGUCUGGCGGAACAUAAUUUCACCGAAUACGAGCACAUUCAAGGACGUGUCAAACGGGUAUUAAAGGACGAGUCUUCAUUCGCCAAUGUUGGUGAUCAUAUUUCCUUUUACUCUCCGGUCUCGGCUUGUGUGUUUCCACCUCUUGAACUAGAUAGGCCUUACGCCAUAGGAGGAAAGCUGAUAGAUGGACGGCUAAUAGUUGGAUCAUGUGAUGGGAUAGCCAUGAGGUUUGAUGAGCUAAAACUUGAUCAAAGGAAAGGAUUCAAGAGACGUUACAAGAAACAGUGUGCCUCCUGUCUAAUUGAGGGCGCUGGUGAGCAAGAAAACCUUCCCGAUACUGAAGGAUCUGGACUAUCGAGCAAAGAAGGAUGUAUUUAUAAUCCUGAGGCUUCCCAGAGUUUCGGUGGCCAGGACUGUGAAUACCUGUAUUCCUUCUGUAAGCUCAGGAAACGCACUGGUGACUGUCGUUGGAAGCGUAUUGCCCAUUAUGAUACUUGCUUUGCUGAAAGAGAAGCCCUACAGAUUGAUAGCCAGCCUUAGAGUGAUCAUUGGUGACCUGAACCCCAAUCCCCACAACCACCCCCAAAAUAUACCUACAAUAACUCAAGGAAAAAUAGAUUAUGAUUUUCAUUGGGUUUGAAAAUGCAGAUCCUAAUUAGCUUUUGAAUGAUAAUUACAUAACUUGUAUGACUUAAUUGAUAAUGAAUCCAAACCCUUACUUGAUCAAGAAAUGAAAAAAUUCACUGACAGCUUCAAAGAAUAAGAAAAUGUUGCUUGAAGCUCAGAGUUCACUCAAGCAUGAGAUGGGCACACUGUGCAAUCUUGGUGACAAUUCAAAGAAGUCCAGAAAAAACUCUGCCAAAGAAUUUCUAGUUUUUAUUUGAAAAUAGAAUAAACGAUUAGUCAUUCUGAUAAGCUAAAUGUUCUAAAUUCUAUGUUUUGGACACCGCAUUACUACUUUGGCUUUACUUUUUUUCAGAGAACCUUCCCUCAUGAUUAGUGGUUGGUUUGGGGUUGAAGGUCACAUUGCAAUGAAUGCAAAUAACCAAAAGACUACAUUUCUCGACAAAAAAUCAUUAAAAUCAGCAGCGGGUAAUAAAUGCUAUCUAUCAGCUUUUUCUCAUUCUAUACCCCUCUACUAAACUAAAAAUUAUUUGAACUUCAAGUUAAUAUGUUGUGAUAUAAUUCUUCUGAGUCCCGCAUUGUGUAAGCCCGGAGAUGUAAGUUUUGAAUAUUACUCAAUAGAUAAUACCAGUAUUGAGUUUCACAAAGGACUUCAUUAAAAAAAUUCUCAGCUUCUGAGAACAGACACACACUAAAAUAAGAAUUACAAUAACACAAGCCACCCUGCUUGAACAUGGGCCUUCGUUCCAAUCAGUCAUAUUUUGUGAAUAUUUGACUUACCCUGGUAUAUCUAAAAAUUCCAGAUUUAAAGGGGAACUGUCAUCCAAAGAAGUCAGCGGGGUUCCUACACUAUGUGAUCAUGUCAAAAAAAUAAUUUUCAUUUUCAGGGGGCUACAACCCACAACAUACAUGUACAGCCUAAAUAUCAAAUCUUGGAUAAGUUUUAAUAUUGCAGUGAAUGGAGUUUUUCUUGGGCUCAUUUUCGAUUUUCAAGGUUCUUUUUAGAAUUUGGGGGCAGUCACCCAGCAUUCCCCCCCUGUAUGUGCUAUAUUGUUUAUUUUGAUGUAGUGAUCUUCCAAGAAAUACACAGUGUAUUAUGGUGAUAAAUAAUAUGGCCAUUGGGCCUUUAUUGAAAGAGCGAAAUGUUUGGAAGCCUCCAUGGUCACUUAUAUAUUUAAACAAAUUGUAAUACCAUAUAUGAUAAUUACAUGCCAACCUAUAAAAUCUUAACAAUCAAAUACUGGAAUGGAAAUUCUGGUGUGGCACAGGCCGCCCUGUAGGAAUAUAAGAAAAUUUGAUUCUACAUCUCAAUGAUGUAUUCAUGAUGUAAUCAUUGGCCGCAACUGUUCUGACCACAAGGUUUGUGACAAAGCAGAAUUUUGAUUUUAGUAUUCCUCACUUUAUGUCAAAUAAAAUAAUUGUACUUCCUAGAACCUUAACAUUUAGUGCGAAAUGAGAUUCGUUCGUGGAGUAUGCACCAGGCAUUAACAUACCUGAGGCUAUAGUGUGGUUGUAAUCCUCAAACUCUUAAUAAAGUCAUCGACCUUUUUCUUCAGUU